AUUCGCGAUGGCCGGGAACUGCAGUUUCUUGCACGAGAAUUAGUGCCUGGUGAUAUUGUAGUACUGAAUGUUGGUGAUCGGAUACCCGCUGAUUUGCGGUUAUUUGAGGUAGUUGGCCGCAAAAGGCCGCCGCUGAAUCUAACAUUGUACCUGUAA